CAUAAAACCGCCAUCGAAGUAUAUAUUCCCCCCGACUUUCUAAUCUCCUUCCCUCCAUCCUUCUGGAAGUACCGGCAUUAGUCGAUUACUAAUUGCUAUCGGGACUGAAGCUUGUUUAGGCUGGUGGACACGGCCUCCCCUUUAUAAGUAAACGAUUGGGCGCACCCAAGCGCGUACUUGAGGUACUCACCAAGCACUUCCCAGUUAUCAGCAUCACUGGUAUUCGACCCAUUAUUUGAUCCAGAAAUCCGACCCUCACCUCUUCGAUCUCGUCUAUCUCACUUUCUCACGCCGGCCUCGACACGAUGCGAUUCUCCCCGGCGGAGGAUAUUCCAGACCUGUCUGGCAAGGUCAUUAUCGUGACCGGUGGCAGCAGUGGACUGGGCAAAGAAAGCGUGCUUCAGCUCGUAAAGCACAAUCCCGCAGCCAUAUACCUUACCGCCAGAACGGCGACACGCGGCAACGCCGCCAUCCAGGAUAUUGAGAAAGCCGUCCCGGCAGCCAAGGGCAAGAUCAAGUUCCUCGAGCUCGAUCUAGGGUCGUUCGCAUCGAUAAAAAAGGCCGCUGACAGCUUUGCAACCCAAUCCGAGCGUCUGGACAUUUUAAUGAACAAUGCGGGCCUAAUGGCGUCCCCUCCCGGUCUGACAACGGAUGGCUACGAAGUCCAGUUCGGCUCCAACUACAUGGGACCGGCGUUAUUCACCAAGUUGUUGCUCCCAACGCUCACGAAGACGGCUGAACAGAAAGAGGGGGAUGUUCGUGUGGUCAACUUAAGUUCCGAGCUGUUCAAGCAGGCACCGAAGGAAGGAAUACUGAUCGAAGGCUGCAAGACCCCUCUCGAGGGAAUAUCUGGGCUGGCACGCUAUGGCCAAUCUAAACUUGCAGAUUACUACCAUACCCGCACCUUGAGCCAGAAAUACCCCGCCAUUAAGUUCAUGGCGAUUCACCCUGGAGUAGUGAAUACCGGCUUGCUCGACGAUCUGAAGACAAGGCGCCCCUGGCUUGGCCGAUUAAUUGGUGUCGUUGGAUCUCUCAUCCUCACGGACGUCCACGCAGGAGCACGAUCGCAACUUUGGGCGAGCACCACGGAUCGACAAAACAUCAAGAGUGGCGCCUUCUAUAACCAGAAGAUGAGCGAGUACAAAGACGCCGUCCUAGGCAACGACGAAACCGCCAAAAAGUUGUGGGACUGGACUGAACGAGAAUUCGAAAGCCACGGGUUCUAGGAAUUCCAGGCAGUGAGAAUACCGACCAGGCGGUCAAGUACGGGGAAAUUCACGAUGAGUAAUAGUAGCUAGGGUAGCACAUUAAAUAAUAUCAUAUUGUCCUAA